CAGGCCUUCGUGACAGGAGCUUAGUUCGGUAAACUCAAGUGUGGAUGGCAUUGUCGAGCAGAAAGACAAAUAACAGCUGGCACAUUGAUGAUGAGAGUAAUUGAGCCGCGUUGUUGUUUGAACAGUUUAAUCAUGCAGCAAUUUUUGCGCCUAUUGUGGCUCGGUGCAAUUGUCAUGUGCCGGUACAUUGCUGCAACGUCAGCCCCGGGGCCUAUUUAAGAGUCCGGAAAGCUAAGAAGACAACUCGUCAGUUGUAUGUUGAAUGUCGUCAAAUCUGGCUUCUAUAGCGAUGCUGUCACAAACGCAACCUGACUUGAGUGUGUGGAGGGCAGCGCUUCUAUGGGCUCUACUUGUUGUAGGAGACGGAAAUACUACGGACGACUGCACGACCCGCAGAUGUCUGGCGAACAAGCUCGUCGACAAAAAGUUAAUAACUCAGCCGCAGCGUGACAACUGCUCCGAGUACAUCUAUGUAUCCUCCAUUGAGUAUGAAACCAUUAAAGUUGACACAAAGAAUCUUCGUUUAGGGUGUCGUUUACGGGCCACAAUUGAAUGGACCGAUGAUGACUUGUACUGGGACCAAUCCGUUUACCCGUACGAUGAGGUCAUUCUGCCCGUAAACAAAGUCUGGACCCCGGAUAUAUUUGUGACCAAUGGCAUAUCAGCGAGCACGCAGAACAGCUUCCGUGACCUGAUAGUGUUCAGCAAUGGCACCUUGCGACACAGGGUGGUGAUGGCGGCCGAGGUCAACUGUGAAUUUAACCUCUUCAACUACCCUUUUGCUGAGGACGAAUGUCCCGUGGUUCUCCAAACCUGGUCCACUGAAGGAUGUGGUACCACCAUGGAAAUCGGUAAAAUGGAAGUGUUUGAUGGGAGCCAUGGCGACUGGGAAACUUUGGGCGCUGACCUCUUUUCGCCAACUGAUGACAAAUUCUAUAUCUCGGUGAUUUUGAAGAUCCGGCAACAAAACCCCUUCAUCACGCUGCUGCUUCCCAGCAUUCUGCUCAUCCUGGCCGACAUGGUGAGCUUCGCCCUGCCGCUGAGAUGUGGCGAGCGCAACUCCUUCAAGGUCACCCUGGUGCUCAGCUUCACCAUGUUCCUGCUUAUCCUCAAUGACCAACUGCCCGGCGACAGCGAGUGUGGCCCCAUCAUAAAGUACCACUUCUGCGUGUGCCUGGUCAUGCUGGUGGUGAGCAUGCUGGUGUCCAUGGUGCUCACGCGGGUGGCCAAAGAUGGAGGCCUCUUCUUCUGCUGCUUUUCCAGAAGAGCAAAACCUGCAUAUCAGCUAAGUGGAGCUGAUGAGGAAGUCAAAGCAGACAUCAGCGUCAUCCAGCUGGACAACUCCGAGCAAACUCAGAUGCACCGAAAGGUGACCGAUUUCCUGGACGCCAUCAAAGCAAAGGAAGAGGAGUGCGACCGCAAUGAGGCGCUCGCCGACAGUAUCGACAAAGCCUUUUUCUGGUUCUAUUUCAUUCUGGGUACGCUCUACUUUUGCGCUAUGAUCACGGUGAUGGUGAAACAUGAAUGCGACGUGAAUCACUUGGAUUUCUUGUAAAUGCCAGUGAUGGCAACUAAAUUACAAAUACUUGAUUACUGUACUUGAGUAGGGUUUUCAUGUAUCUGCACUUGAUGGGUUCGUGGAAAACGCUUAGCGGCAGUUUGACUCCAAAGUAUUUUGGGGGUUAAAUAAAUGUUUCAAUGCAAUUUACUCUGCGCAUCAAGUUUCACUAUUCGAAGUCCGGUCUAUGUAACUGGAAGUAAAAAUUCCAUUUUGUACUCAAGUAUUUUUCAGAGUCUGUACUUUUACAGGAAUUAAAUCAAUACUUCUA